AUGGAUAAUCGGAGUAUUUUCUGGCUCAACGGCUGGGCAGGAACAGGGAAAUCGACAAUUGCCAGUACAAUUGCACGCCAAUACUAUGAUAAGCAAUGUUUGGGGGCGAGCUUCUUUUUCUCUCGAGGCGGCGGUGAUAUUAGCCACGCUGGCAAGUUUGUAACAACUAUUGCCCGGCAACUUGCCAGCAACAUAUUACCCCUACAGAAAUUCGUGUGCGAAGCUAUUGCAUCUUAUAGUGCUAUAGGAACGCAGUCCCUUGGUAACCAAUGGCGUUGCCUUAUCCUCAAUCCGUUAUCAAAGGUGGGCCGCGGCUCCGGUUUCCCGUCAUACCUCCUAGUCAUUGAUGCCCUCGAUGAAUGUGAUGACGACAAAGGCAUUCAGGUCAUCUUAAGUCUCUUGACUGAGGCACAACCCGCAUUUAACAAUAUACUAAGGGUGCUUAUCACUAGCCGGCCUAAUCUCCCGAUUAAGGUUGGGUUUUCUCGGAUACCAGCAGCAAACCACUGUGCCUUCAUAUUGCAUCACCUACCAUUGGAAACUGUCAGGAAUGAUAUUGUAUUCUUCUUGCAGCUUGAGUUAAAAGCCAUAGCUCAAGACCAGGGCCUUGAACCCUCAUGGCCGGGUGCCGAGGCCAUUGAGCAUUUAGCGACCCGCGCAAGCGGCCUUUUCAUAUGGUGCGCAACCGCGUGCCGUUUCCUACAGGAGGGAGACCUUUAUGCCGAGGAAAGGCUGAACAGUCUUCUUAAAGGAAGCAUAUCGAGUACUGCACCAGAGGAACAGCUUAACGAGAUUUACAUGUCUGUCCUCAGAGCAGCUAUUCUCCCCACUUAUACAGAACAAGAAAAGGGAAAACUUCGUGAUCAUAUAAGGCAUGUCCUCGGAACUAUUGUCAUCCUAUAUUCUCCGCUCUCUCUAGGAUCUAUGUGCAAGUUGGUUCAAGCUCCUAUACAGCAAGCUAAAAAAAAUACUGGUGCGCCUUCAUGCUAUAUUAGACGUUCCUGA